AUGGCUUCAUCGAAAGUUGCACAACAAUAUUGGAGAAGUCUGGCCCGGCCCGGACGCCGGGGGCCUGCCGGAACCGCGUUGCAGCUCGAGACCGUGACUAACACGAGUCUUGUGAAGCAUCGCAGCAAUACGAGCUCAAGUUCGCCAACGGAACAAAAACGCGAAAGAGUCGUCGUGUUGGGCUCGGGAUGGGCAGGCUACGCCUUCGCCCGCGAAUUGGACCCCAAGAAGUACGAGCGCAUUCUCAUCUCGCCGCGCUCCUACUUCGUCUUCACUCCCUUGCUGGCCUCGACCUCGGUCGGCACCCUCGAGUUCCGCUCCAUCCUUGAGCCCGUCCGCCGGCUGGGCUUGGACUCCUUCCACGAAGCCUGGGCGGACGACAUUGACUUCUCCAAGAAGCUCAUCCGCAUCGAAAAGGUCACGUCGGGCGACGCCACCUCCCGCACGCUCCCGGCGAGGGAGCCGCACCUCCCCAAGAAAGGAGAGGUGAUUGACGUGCCUUACGACAAGCUAGUCAUCUCCGUCGGGGCGUACUCGCAGACUUUCGGUAUCGAGGGCGUCAAGGAGUAUGCCAGUUUUCUGAGGGACGUUGGCGAUGCGAGGAGCAUUCGUCUGAGGGUGCUCCAGUGCUUCGAAAAGGCCGACUGGCCCACGACCACGGACGAGCAGCGGAAAAAAUUGUUGCACUUUGCUGUUGUAGGAGGCGGACCAACCGGAAUUGAGUUCGCCGCCGAGCUGCACGAUCUCAUCCAUGAUGAUCUCUCCAAGCUGUACCCGCACCUCAUGGAGUACAUCGACAUCACGAUCUACGACAUCGCGCCCAAGGUCCUGCCCAUGUUCGACCAGCAGCUCGCCUCCUACGCCGAGGACCUCUUCCGCCGCCAGGGUAUCAAGGUGAAGACGGAGCACCACCUGCAGCGCAUCCGGCCCGACGAGGACGACGCGCUCGGCACGCUUAAGCUCAAGAUCAAGGAGUACGGCGACGACGAGGUCGGCGCCGGCAUCGUGGUGUGGAGCACAGGGCUGAUGCAGAACCCGCUGGUUCAGACGAUCAUGAAGAAAGAGCUGCGUAACCCCAACGCGGCGGCCGAGAGAAAAGGAAAGGAAGAGACGGGCACGGUGAAGAUCCUGAAGGCGGAGAAAAGUGCCGGCAUCGUCACGGACUCUUGUCUGCGGGUCCGCCUCGACGACCCGGCGGACGCGAAGGCCGUUCUGCCGGAUGUGUAUUCGAUGGGCGACUGCUCCGUGCUGGAGACCGAGACACUGCCGGCGACGGCGCAGGUCGCCAGCCAGCAGGCCGUGUAUCUCGCCAAGGCGCUCAACAAGGCGGCUGGGGCCGGGGCAGGGCAGAGCAAGCCGUUCAAGUUCCGCAACCUGGGGACGAUGGCGUAUCUCGGAAGCUGGAAGGCGAUUCACCAGAGCUCCGCGGACGAGCUGAAGGGCCGUGCAGGUAUGUUGCGAUGA